CCCUUUCGGUUGUCGGGCGGUCAGUCGUCGGCAUGGCAUUCGUCGAAUGGUUGGCCUACUGAGUGGAUCGGUUUUGCGCAAAUUCAAUCGAGGAAACGGUUAACGGAGCCGAAGUGAUUGACGAUUGACGAUUCAAGUGAUUUGUGGUAGUGUCAUAAAUUUGACAAUUUUCUGAAACUGUAAUAAGCUUCGUAGUGGUAAUUAAGCUUAUCAGAAGCCAGAUUAUAAACUGAUACUGUGAUUUAAGAUCGGAUGAACGAGAAAGUCGCGUGUAGUGUGAAACGAUAGAAAAAAAAACAAAAAUUUGCUGAAGAAGAUCCGUUUUGAAACGUUGGUCUACUACUUCGAUAACGGUCAUCAUGAGCAUCGGCGGUCCGGACAAACUGCCGGUGGCUUCGUCGCAGCAGCUACUGGAGGAAGCUGCCCGAGCCGAGCUGGGUUCGGACGAUGUUUCGAUCAGUCUGACGGCCGGUUCCAACAAAGGUGACAACUAUCUCGGAGUGGUGUUCCGAGCCGAGGCCGAAUGUCGCCGGACGGGGAAAAAAGUCAACAUUAUCGCCAAGUUGCCACCACUAACCGAAGCUCGCCGGAAGCAGUUUUUUGCCCGGGCUAGCUUUGAACGGGAAAUCUCCUUCUACACCGAGAUUUAUCCGAUGAUGGAAGAAUUUCAGCGGGAAAAGGGACUGGACACGACCGAUGGUUGCAAGGCGUUCAAUCAGAUUCCACGAUGCCUUCGGACUUGUUUGGUUGACUGUGAGGAAGCGAUUUUGAUGAACGAUUUGAAAGAGGCCGGUUUCGACAUGUUCGAUCGACACAAAGAACUAACCGUGAGCCACUUCCGGUUGGUGGUUAGUGCCCUGGGCCGACUGCAUGCACUUUCAUUUGCGCUGAAGGAUCAGCGCCCGGAACGGAUGAAACGAUUCAUGGAAAUGAUUGAUAUAUUUUUGACCAGAGAUCAAGAUGACACAAUGGAUCAAUGGUUUACGAUGUUGAUCGAUAGGACCUUGGGAACGUUGGAUUGCAAGAAGGAACCGGAACUGUAUGCUAAGACCAAGAAAGCUCUGGAUGUUAAAUUCCUGGACACAAUAAAAGAUAUGACCGAUGGGAAAGCCGCCGAACCGUACGCCGUUAUUUGUCACGGUGACUGCUGGAACAAUAACAUGCUGUUCAAACAUGAGAAAGGAUCACCGGUAGAUUUCCGCCUGCUGGACUGGCAGAUCUGUCGCUACUCUUCACCGGUUCUCGAUCUGAUGUAUUUCAUCUUCAGCUCGUCAAACAAAGCAUUCCGUGAUCAACACUACCAAUCGCUGAUAGAUCUGUAUCACCGAAGCCUGUCGGAUUUCCUGCGCCGUUUGGGAUCCGAUCCGGAACGGCUAUUUCCCCGCGAAGCCCUAGAUCAGCAAUUGAAGCAAUUUGGUCGAUUCGGACUACUGAUGGCAGUUAUGAUACUUCCGGUGAUCACCACCAAAAGUGAAGACGUACCGGAUCUGGAAGAAAUGGCCGAAAAGCUGGAAAACGGAGUCAACAUCGCCGAUGAGGUGAACAAUUUCCGCUCCGAAGACACGGAAGCCACCUACCGCCAGAGGAUGUCCGACUGUUGCCGGGAUAUGGUCCAGUUUGGGUAUAUCUAGGAGGGCAGAUGAUGAACACAGUAUUUGUUUGGCCGUACCGCACAACCGGCACACAGCGACAGACCAAAGUUUCUGACAAUAUCAUUACUUAAUAGAAUAAAAUUAUCUCAAACA